AUGUUUAACGAAAGAAUUUAUUAUAAAAUAUUGAUAUAAAUCAAAAGUAUCUAAAAGAAAGAUAGAAAGAAAUAUUACUUAUUAUAUUUAUAUAUAUUAGGAAGAUAUAUUUAAGCUAAAUUAAUAAUUAUUAAACUAAAGUAAUUAUUUAUAUUGGUUAAGUAGAGUAAAGAUAAAUAAAUAGAUUUCUAAAAAAGUAGGAUAUUCUAAAUUAGCGUAUUGUAUUAAAUGGCUGGAUUAUUUGAUGAUAUGCCUGAUGAUUGGGAGUCUAAGACUAGAAUGACUCCUGAAGAGUUAGAAGAAACAACAAAUUAUUUAAAGAAGCAUCCCCUCUUUAUGAAGGAAAUUCCUAAGAAUAUAGAAGAUUAUCCUGAAUUGCUUGCUCUUUAAAAUUUAAUGUAUGAUGAUACUCCAGAAAAUCUUGCUUAAAAUUUCAAGAGAUAAGGAAAUGAGCAUUACAAAAAAGGAGAAGGUAAAAGAUAUUUUAUUAGAUAAGCAUUAAACGCUUAUACUGAAGGUAUUGAUGCUAAAAGUAGCGAAAAGGAUGUAAAUGCAUAGUUACAUAAUAAUAGAGCUUUAAUGAACAUGAAAUUAAAAAAUUAUGGUAAGGCUAUUGAUGACUGUAAAAUGGCUAUUAAAUACGAUGAAAAGUUUAUUAAGGCUUACUUUAGAAAAGCUCAAAUUGAAAGUUUAUUAAGAAGAUAUGAUGAAAGUUUGUUAACUUGUUUGACAGGUUUAUAGCAUGAGCCAAAUAAUAAGGAAUUGUUAGAUAUUAAAAAAGAAAGUGAAAAACAAAUAGAAAAUGAAAGAAAAAGAAGGGAAAAAAUUUAAGAACAUAAAAAUACACAAACUUUGAUCUUGCAUACAGAGCUAAAAAAGAGAAAAAUCUACUUGGGUAACCAAAUGAUGGAUUUCCCUGACUCAUGCAAAAAAUGUGUUUAUUUAGAUGAUGAGAAAAUUUUGCAUAUUCCUAUUUUCGUUCACUACCCCGAAUUUUCUUAGAUGGAUUACAUUGAUGACACAAGAGAGAAAGAUGUGCUCAAAGAUCAUUUGGCUGCUAUCUUCAAGGAUCCAUUACCAUGGGAUCAUAAACAUUAAUACACUAUGGAAAAUAUAGAAGUUUAUAUUGAAUUCAACUAAACAAAGCCUUUAUAUUAACCAACAGAUUUAAAAACUUGGCCUUCAGCCUAAGGAUAUAAAAAAAUAGAUGCAAACUUAACUUUAAACCAAGUUUUUUCAAUUAGAGGAUACGUCUUGCCACAAGUAGCUGAAAUUACAGUAGUUAGCAAAAUAAGUCCCUUUUAUACUGUUUUCAAAGAAUAAUACGAUUUUGUUUGA